AGCAUGCCGCCGCCCGGCCUCCUGGGCGCUGGGCUGUGGCGGAGCUGGGCUAUGAGCUGGCGUGUUUUGGAGCCUCGUCCCGCGGGGAAGCGGUGGCUGGUGGCCGGCCUGGGGAACCCCGGACUGCCAGGUACGCGGCACAGCGUGGGCAUGGCAGUCCUGGGGCAGCUGGCGCGGCGCCUAGGUGUGGCGGAGAGCUGGGCCCGCGACCGUCGCUGCGCCGCCGACCUCGCUCUGGCCCCACUCGGGGAUGCCCAGGUGGUCCUGCUCCGGCCGCGGCGGCUUAUGAACGCCAACGGGCGAAGCGUGGCCCGAGCUGCGGAGAUGUUUGGGCUGACCGCUGAGGAAGUCUACCUGGUGCACGAUGAGCUGGACAAGCCCCUGGGGAAACUGGCCCUGAAGCUGGGGGGCAGCGCCAGAGGCCACAAUGGUGUCCGCUCCUGCAUUAGCUGCCUGAACUCCAGUGCCAUGCCUCGGCUGCGGGUGGGCAUCGGCCGCCCCACAAACCCAGAGGCCGUGCAGGCUCAUGUGCUGGGCUGCUUCUCCCCUGCUGAGCAGGAGCUGCUGCCUCCGCUGUUGGAGCGUGCCACAGAUCUGCUCCUGGACCACAUCCGCGAGCGCAGCCAGGGCCGGUCCAUGCUGGGCCCCUGACGACAUGGACGUGGCUACUCGCCCAAUCACAGUGCACAUGCUCAGCCAGUCCACAGAACGGCCACGCCAAGCUUGCAGUGUACUCUCUUUAUAGAAAGAGCUACUUUCCUCUGAGCUGCCUCAGGCAGCCUAUGAAAUAAAGGUGGGGGCGGGGGACAGUGGCCAGAACGGUCCAUUUCUGGAGCAAGGGCUUAGUCUUCUCUCACUUGGGACGCAAGUACAUUUCAGGAAGACUGAACUUUUUGAGCCUUUUCGGAGAACUAAGAUCAUAAAUCUGUAAGAGGAAAGACAGGCUUGGAAGCUGAGGCCCCUCGGGACGCCCACUCACCUUCCCCAGCCUGUGGUACAGCAGCCCCGCUCCCAGGUGAAGCCUGAGGUGACUGAGACCUGCCACACCUUUCUUCAGAGCAGCCCACUCAUAGCCCCAAGGUCACACCGCUGCGGUGUGGCAGAGCCCUGAUGCACACCUAGGGCUAGCGGUCCCUGGGCCCCUGGCACCCUCACCACAGGGCUGCUGUUGGCUGGGAGGCUUCCCACUCGGGUGGUGUGCGACAGCAGCCGGAGGUCCUGGGAGUUGAGUGAGAAGUGAGUAGGGCGCGGCACCAGGCCCAGGUCCCCCGGCUGGUAGCGUGUGAUGCCAGACAGCUGCUGUAGGAGAGGUUCCACCUUGGGCAGGCUGUGGGUGGGUGGGGGGGCUAGUGUUA